CUGAAGCUAGUGCUACCACCAGGGACUCCGUCUAGCUCAUUGACUGAGAGGCUGCUGAGACAAAAUGCUGAGCUGACGGGCUUUGUCAGCAGACUGAGUGAAGAAAAGAAUAAUUUGAGGAAUGCUGUUAUGAAACUGGAGGAAGAACUGAGAAGAUACCAGCAUAGACAACCUUCUGGAGACUACUCUUCUAGACACUCAUCGGAUGUUGGAGUUAAUAUCGAUACUCUUGUUGCCUCUGAGAAGGAAAUUUGGAACAGAGAAAAGCUGUCACUGCAGAAAUCCUUGAAACAAGCCGAUGCAGAGCUCUCCAAGCUGAGAGCAGAGCUCAGGAGCGAAGCUUUCCUCAGAGAACUGGGAUCAGAUUCUGAAAACGCUGUUUUAAGGAGAAUUUAUGGCAAAUACCUACGAGCAGAGAGCUUUCGGAAAGCUCUCAUAUAUCAGAAAAAAUAUUUGCUGCUGUUACUAGGCGGAUUCCAGGAGUGUGAAGAAGCCACACUGGCCCUCAUUGCACGAAUGGGUGGACAGCCUUCCUACACAGACCUUGAAAUCAUCACGCAUCAUUCAAAGGGUUUUACAAGAUUUCGCUCUGCAGUCAGAGUGUCCAUUGCAAUUUCCAGAAUGAAGUUCCUGGUUCGUCGAUGGCACAGAGUUACGGGUUCUGCUAUGCUAAGUAUCAAUAGGGAUGUCUUUAGCCAGAACGCAGGUAAUGAAUUACGGCCCGAUUCAUUCUCUGGUGGCAUGGAUCUUUACGGAGAACAAAGGCAUUCCUAUAGAUCCAGGUUCCACGGUAUGCAUGCUGAUUUAAAUCCAGUCUCUUUCGCCUGUUCUCAGCUGCAGAACUAUGAUCCUGAAAGAGCUUUAACAGAUUACAUCAAUCGGCUGGAGGCACUACAAAGGCGACUCGGCAGCGUGCAGUCAGGUUCGACUUCAUACACUCAGCUGCACGCGGGUAUGAGAAGAUAAUACCCUUUCAACAUCUCCAUCACUGGCAGUGAUGUUAGUGGAUUGCCUUCUGUAAAUCUGUGCUCUUUCUGUGCUUUUGUAUAAUGUGUAUAUUGUGGGACCAAUAUGAACACAGCUAUACGAUUGUAUACAGUUCCAUCCUGGCACACCCACGCAGACUGGGAUUUAUGUAUAUAGGCACUUUGUGUUCAUGAAAAAGAACAAAAAAAAAAAACCCACCAUUGAAUUACAUGUAUAUUUGUGGAAUGCUAAUUUAAAUGAUUAACUUAUGAAGUGUGUAUCAAAAGGGUGCAAAGAUGAAACUUGUGUAUUAAUGAAAUUGAGCUUCAUUCAGCGAAGUUUACUUGCACUUUUUCUGGCAAGGCUACUGAAGUUACAUGACUCGUAAUAUUUGCUACUGGCAGUGCAGACAGAAUAUCACUUGUAGAGACCUAUUUUUGUAAUGGUAGAAGUUUUGAAUUUUAUGGGUAUUUUGUCAAUGUACUGAAAUAAAGACAACUUCAUGCUU